CAACAACAACUUAUUCAACAACAACAACAACAAAUUGUUCGAUUUUAAUCUAGAUGUAGAAAGUUUCAUUGCACUAAACUGCUUAUAAUAUAUGUUAUAUUUAUAUUGCGUUUUUGUGUUCAUUUUUACGAUUGUAAGACACGGUCUAAACACAACCUUUCAUGUGAAGUUCUUGGAUGAGCGUUAAUGGACUUGCCACUUAGCGGUUCGCCCCUGUACAGUUCGCCCCUCAAUAAAUACCGGAGUCAAGAUGACCAGCAGUAUGCUGAAACCGUUGAUGUUGAAGAAUGGCCACACUAUGCCACGGCUGGGGGUUGGGACCUACCUUCUCUCAGGAGGGCUAUGUCAGGAGAUUGUUCAAAGGGCUGUUCAACUAGGUUACAGGCAUAUUGAUACAGCCCAGGCCUAUGAAAAUGAACAGAAUGUUGGCGCUGCUCUUCAUCAUGUGGAGAAACACAAUAUCUGUCAGCGUAAACACCUCUUUGUUACAACAAAACUUGCCAGUGUUUACCUGCAUCCAUCAGCCGUGAAAUUGAGUUUAGAGGAGUCACUAGAGAAAUUGAAACUCCGGUAUGUUGACAUGUUUCUGAUACACUCACCAUGGGGUUUGAAAAAUCACAGAAACGGGAACCUGCGUCCAUGCCUUCCAGACGGUUCCUUGGAUUUCGAAGUUUAUGAUCUAAAUGAAACCUGGCGAGCGAUGGAAAAACUAGUCACUGAUGGUCACGUCGAGUCCAUAGGAUUAUCAAACUUUUCAUUGAAACAGACCGAACAAAUUCUUGCUACUGCCAAAAUUCUACCUCAGAAUGUGCAACUUGAAUGCCAUGCUUAUUAUCAACAGAAGGUUUUGCGGGACUUUUUAAGCAAGUAUGGCAUAGUGGUUACAGCAUACAGUCCUCUUGGUUCCCCUACUAGACCCGCAAGACAUAUUGUACCAGAAAACGAAUUUGAAAUCCUUCUUGAGGACAAUAAUGUGAAAGAAAUAUCAAAAAAAUAUAAUGUGUCCUCUGCAUUAGUUUUGGUUCGGUUCUUACUCCAGCAAAACUUGUGCGCCAUACCAAAAACAGCCAGUUUUGAUAGACUUAAAGAAAAUAUCAAAGUGCUUGAUUUUGAACUUGAUUCUUCAGACAUUCAGAAGAUGAAGUCAUUUGACAAGAAUGUGAGAUAUUUUGUUUUCAAGCCGUUCCUUAAGCAUCCCUGUUUUCCAAAGGCAGGCGAACCAUUUUAAGACAUGAUUAUCAAUGUCAAAUCAGUUUUUUAAGUGUGAAUGAUCUUGCAUUUACUUUAUCGAAAGGCAGAUUAGAAUGCUGAACUUUGCAGGCUGCUGAAAAAUUGACAAAGAAAACACAACUCAGCAUACAUCAAUAUUUACAAGUGAACAAGUUGUUGGCAUCUUCUAUAAGUUGUAACAAAUGCUGUCAGCUGUGAAGUCAAGGUUUAUUUAGUGUCUGUAUGAAAGUAUUAAAUUCAGUCUGAUUGAUAAACUAAUCAAUUUUACUUGACAUGUUUUUGCUGGCCGUAAUUGCCAGAAUUAUGUAACUUUUUUCCUAGACCUCAAACAGUAUUAUGCGGCUUUGUCCCAAUGUCGAAAGAUUUCUUGCUGGAACGGAUGAUUCUUGAAUUGGUGGUAUAAAACCAGCUUAUUUAGUGUUAAAGAGCAAUAUUUGUUCUUAGAAUGUAACUUUUAUUCCAUUGUAAACAGAGAAAUAUGUUUAGAAUUAUAUAAUUUGGUUGUGUUUAUGUAACUAUGGUAAUCAGUUAUUUUCGUUAUUUCAUCACCAAGGUUAAAGUCGCCUUGGCGUAGUUAAUAUUAUGUCCACCUAGUGACCAGGAGGUCAUGUGUUUGAUCCCCACGGUGAGAGCAUUCUAUAGAUCACGGCCAAAUACACCAAGUACUGGUUCUACCCAGAAAACAGAUUUAAGAGUGUUAGGAAAGCCUUAAGCUUUCAAUUCAAUUGAGCUGAAAUAAAGGGGUUUUAACUUGGAUUUAAACUUAAAUCAGUUAUUUGAUUGUACAUACUCACGUUGAAUAUAAAGGAGGGAGUAGAUGAAUUUUUUUUGAAUUCUGAAAAGAAUAAAAGAUAAUAAAGGGAAGUGAAUAAUUGUAAGGAGAAUUGAAGUAAUGUAUUUUUAUUUUAUGUGAUCUAAAGCAUAUUUUUCAAUGUAAAAUAUCAGCCGGUCAGCAUUGUUUGUCUGCUAGUAGAUUGUAUUAAUGAUGUGUUGAAGGUUGUGAUUAUGCUACUUAGGUGCUUGUAUUUAUUAAAUUGGUGCUAUUCUUGUUCAGUUAACAUACUUCAUGUGUUUUUUUUAUGAAAAUAAAACCUAACACAGAAUGAAGGAAUAAAAAUAUCUGAGUAAAUAACAUCCAUGUUUUAGACUGUGAGGUCCAUCAACAACAUGUAUCAGUUUACAUUACAGACAUGUUUCACUGGAUUGUCCCAUGUGUUUUAAAAAAAAAACUUUGGUUAAUUAGUAUAAUUACAUUCGUCUUAGAAAAAUCUUCAGAAUAGCUAUUAUUAUGACUCAGUGAUAGUUUACAUGUGUCGUCCUUUUAUGCUGUAGCUUAUGGUGUACUGAUCAUGCAUGGUAUUUAACAUCAGUUGAUAUUGGCAUCACUGUUUAUUCAUAUAUUUUAGUAGUUUAUUCUACCUCUGGCUAGUUGCAUAAUUAUUGUAUGGUUUUAUACACCAUGUUUACUAGAAUUAGAUGAUCACUUACGUGAUACUACAGCUUUAUACGGUGCUGCAUAUAUUUGUU